AUGGGUUCCGUAGAGGUGGCAUCCUUUCCAAAGCCUCCUGCCUUGCAAGACCCGCCCUCCGAUGGCUUUUACAAUGAGACGCAAUGGGAAGUGCUCAUGGCCCUGAUGGACGCGGCCAUCCCGUCUAUUGUAUCGCACUCCGCGAUGACCGACAAGUUCAACCAAAUCAGCAUCCCGGAUGGCCGCUUUCAAAGCAAUUUCAAGAAGAUACAGGACACUAUGGUUGAACCUCCAGAUCUGGAGUCAUUCCAAGCAUUCCUCAAAGACAAGCCGUCGGAUCUUCCCGCGUUUCGACACCAUGCUAUAAGAACAUUGAGUACAGUCAGUGACAAGAUGAGACAGGAACUGGGCGGAGUCUUAUCCUUGCUGUCAACAAAGGCCGGUGCCUUCAUCCUCACAGGACACUGCGUUCCAUUUCACCAGCAACCUGCUCAUGUUCGAGAGUCCAUCCUCCAGGGCUGGCGUACAUCGUGGUUCUCCAAGAUCCGCGUCCUCGCCAAAUCAGUGAGCACCAUUGCUCAGCUAGGCUGGAUACAAACCGCGCCAAUCUUCCGCCAGGUGAGCGGAUAUCCAGAUGUGCCCGUGGGAUGGAAGGCUGGUCCACACUUCGAGUACUCCUUCCUCCAGUUCCCAGGAAGCGCGAGCCCAGAAGCAGUGGAGCUCGAGACCGACAUCGUCAUCGUGGGUUCCGGAUGCGGUGGUGCCGUGUGCGCAAAGGUGCUUGCCGAGGCGGGCCACCGCGUGCUCGUGGUAGACAAGGGGUACUACUUCCCACCAACGGCGCUACCAAUGCCGCAGGAGGCCGGCGCGCGUUAUCUGUACGAGAACCAGGGCUUCGUUAACUCGGCGGACAGCAGCAUCGUCGCCGUGGCGGGCUCGACCUGGGGCGGCGGCGGCACCGUCAACUGGAGUGUGAGUCUACAGACACAGGGCUACGUGCGGAGGGAGUGGGCCGAGGAGAAGGGCCUGUCGUUCUUUGCGACGCAGGCGUUCCAGGACUCGCUCGACCGCGUCUGCGAGUUCAUGGGCGUCCGAGACGAUAACGUCCGGCAAAGCCACAGGGGCCAGGUAGUGCUGGAUGGCUCGAAGAAGCUGGGCUGGCAUGCCAAACCGCUGCCGCAGAACAGUGGCGGUAGCGAGCAUUACUGCGGCCAUUGCCAUCUGGGCUGCGGCAGUUCGGACAAACAAGGACCGGCAGUGAGCUGGUUACCUGCGGCGGCGAGAGCUGGUGCCGAGUUUCUGGAGGGCUUUCAGGUUGACAAGGUCCUCUUUGACAAGUCUAGGAAAGCCACUGGAGUUGUCGGUAAAUGGACGUCAAGAGAUGGGAAUGGUAGCGUUAGUGGUUCCCUAGACCAACGUACCCGUAGACAUGUUACGAUAAAGGCGAAGAAGGUCAUUGUGGCAUGUGGCUCUCUCUGGUCACCAAUAGUCCUGCUGAAGAGCGGUUUGAAGAAUCGUCACAUUGGAAGAAAUCUACAUCUCCAUCCUUGGGGUAUUAUCACAAGUUACUGCUCCAGCUUCGAGAAUAUCGAUGGCCAUGGACAUGGUACGAAGCUUGAAGCUACCUGCAUGGUUCCGUAUGCAGUCCUCGCCAACUUCCCAUGUCCCAGUGGUCUUGACUUCAAGCUCUCCGCAAUGCGUUACCGCCAUUUUGACGCCUUCAUCUCACUGACCCGCGACCGCGAUUCUGGCAGCGUCCACCUAGACCCCAAGGGCGAGCGGCCAAUUCUCGAUUACACUCCAUCGGCGUUCGACCGUGCACAUUCUCUUGAAGGUGUAAUAGGGCUCUGCAAGCUUCUCUACAUCACAGGAGCCGUAGAAAUCCGCGCCUUCCUACCGGGCGUGGAGCCUUUCAUCCGCAAGGACGCUUCCACGCCAACCUCUAGUAUCAAUGAGCAAGUGACAAGAUCCGAUAAGGCGAUGGAGGAGCUAGACCUCGGGAUUAGCGACCCGGCCUUCAUGGCAUGGCUAGAUCAUGUUCGUGCGGUUGGCAAUGCGCCCCCGACAGCAAUAUUUAUCUCUGCUCAUCAAAUGGGAACUUGUCGGAUGAGUAGUCACCAAGGUGACGGAGUUGUGGAUGCGAAGGGAAGCGUCUGGGGCACAAAGGAUCUAUAUGUUGCCGAUGCAAGCGUAUUCCCCAGCGCGAGUGGUGUCAAUCCGAUGGUAACUACCAUGGCCAUUGCUGAUUGGAUUGCAAGAGGUGUGGUCCGGGAUUUGAAAACCUAA